AUCAUCAUCAUCAUUUUUGUGUUACGCUGGUAUGGCAUGAAAUAAAUGAUAAUGUUACCUUUUAGUGGUCACUUUUACUUUAUCUGUACACAGUGAAUUGUACUGGUUUCUCCCUACAUGUGACAACAAUCUCCCAAAUUCUUCAUAUCUCUGGGCUUUGGGGUAGGGUGGCAAGACGGAAGCCUUUUAUAACCAAAAAGUACAUAAAAAUACAUCCAAUCUCCCCAAACCAUGUGAAAUAAUGUGUUAUGAUACCUGAUAAGACCAAAAUUCAACUUUUUAGCCUAAAAGUUACAGCUUGUUAUUAUUAAUUGGAAACGGGCUCUCUCGUGGCUCCACCCACCACGCACGUUCGAACCAAUCAUAUUAUCCUCCCUGGUGUCCGUGGGCGUGGCUAACCGCGUCGGUCUGUUAAAGGUAGCAGGUUGUACAUGGCGAGCGGUUUACUCACUGAGGGCUGGUGAUUGGUGUAAUGGAAGCCGUCUCUGAACCGCAUUUAAUGACGGAGAACUACAGAAGUGGAGAGAAAACGCAGCACUGAGCAACUUGUAGACUUCAAACCCGACUGUAGGUGGAAUCCCUUCUAUUGUGUGCUGGAAGAUCGCUGGACUUGAAGCAACUCUAAAUGGUGGCCUGUUUGUCCAAAGCCUGUGGUGGUGGCGGCAGUGCAUGGCGUUUGUGUGGAAGCAGGAGUGGAUCUAAUCACAGCCUGUGAUAUUCGUCUGUGCACGCAGGAUGCCUGGUUUCAGGUGAAGGUAUGAGGAACAUUAACUUGCCAUACAUUGCUUGCUUACAUGUUUACACCAAGAUCUGUAAACAAGUUAUUUUUGUCCAUAUGAUCACGUAUAGAGAUAGUAAGUGAUGAGAAGAUAAGAAUGGGCUGAUUGUUCUGACUUGUAUAAGCCCCUAUGAAAGUUGACCACAAGGGGGCACACUCUGAACAAUUAUUUACAUUUGCAGUUUGUUGAAGAUUAAAUAAACCACAGUGAGCAUCAGAUGUCUGGUUUUAAUACAAAGUGGACUAUUUUAUGAUAUUACCAUCUUGUCAUUUAUCAAAGAAGAACUCCAAAACCUGAAAUUUGUUCAUUUUUAGACAGAAAAAUUCUGCAGUGUAGCUGUUCUAGUGGGCUUUCCCACUGGAAGUUUAGUCCAAAACAGAGCAGUUUGCAUGAAAAGUUGGUAAUGUGACAGUCGUAAUGUGGACUGGGAAGUGCACUGCGGUACCGAACCCGAGACUACCUGUAGAAGGUGGUCCGAGUUCGGUUACACUGGAACUGAAUGUGAAUUGUCCCAUGAAUGUGAACGUAACUUGUAUCCGGGUCCGCACUUGUUCAGGAAGUAGAGUAACUUGUGGUCAUGACGUGUCAUGACAUGUUUUGGCCUAAAUCUGCAGUAACUUUGAAAAAGUGGAAGCUCCUCUGAAUAUUGUGGUUUCUUUAUUUUGCAUUAAUUUCUGUGAUCACAAAAUGGUGAAAUUCUGGACUGACACAUGGAAGAUAUGGAACGAUAACAGAAGAAUGUGACUUUGGGUUGUACUGUGGUUUUUUUUUUUUGUUUUUUUUUUUUUCUCCCCCCCUUCAUGUAGCUUAAUUAUUUAGUAUAAAUGAAGGCAAGUGUGUUCUGUUCUUCAUCUCUGCAGUCGUGUGUUCCCUGAUAGUCAAUGAUUGCUGGAGCUCUGGAAAUAGCAGGUGAGAUUGCAGGCCGGAGUCCCGUUGCUGUCCAGGGAACCAAAAUCAACCUCCUCUACUCCUGAGACCACAGUGUAACUGAGAGCCUAGACUACAUGUUAAGAAUCUGCUUAAGACAUGAAUAGCAUUUUUAGCCUCAAGGUAGACCCAUGCACACACAGUAUGGCCACAAACAAAGUAGAGCGGUCGAAAUCUGAGAUUUCUCCUCUGCGUCUCCAGGCUACUUGGAACAUGAACAUGUUGCAGACACAGGAUCUUAUGAAGUCAGCGCAGACAGCCCCGGAAAAGAAGAGCCCGAAAGACGUGCCCUUCUCCAAGCUUUAAAGGAGAAGAUCCAGGGCUGUUGAAGCUGUGGUGGAACUGAGACUUCAUCAUCCACAUAUCUUUAAUUCUUCUUGCUAAGUCUCAGUUUCUUUUUAGUCUUUUUAUUUUUAGACUGGUCAAAAGACUGAUUAGUGGAAGUGAAAUGAUGGCUGAACUUCUAAUUACUUGCUUUAUUAUUUGCAGGUGCUUUGUACAGUAAGACAGGGUAACUAAUACUCAAAAGCUUGUUUUGUGUGUUAACAUGUACAGUAGAUGUACAUAUUUUUUCUGGUCCUGUGUGACUGUAGAAUGUAGUGCAGUUAACACAUUAAAUUUCCUUGGAUGCUCACUUUUAACUCGGAGGUCACAGUUUGCCCAGACAUCUUUUUUUUUAAAUCCGUCAAUCCGUCACCCACAUGUCAUUCUGGGGGACGAAGAGGAGGAAGCUGGACAGAUAAAUUUAUUUAUUUAUCUAUCAUUGGUGUGUUUCCUCAAUCGAGUGCAGAAAGAAGAAAAACAACACAACUGAUUUAAAAUAAAAAUAUAGAAAACAAUCUAAUGUAAGGUUCUGAUCCGGUUUGCUUUCAGCAGGAAGGCUGUCCUCUUUCCUGUUGCUCUUUCUCUUCUAUUAGUCCAUUUGUCCAGUCUGAAUCGGUUUGAUUUGUUUUGAGACGAUUCGGAGUCAAAUAAUUUUCUAGUGAGAGUCGCACACUUCCAAACGAACUAGACUGAGAUGUGUAUUUGAUUCUCACUAGAAAGUGAUUUGACUCUGAAUCAACUCGAAAUGAAUCAGUCAAACUGAUUCAGACUCGAUAAAAGGACUAUGAGAUUAUAUAUAUAUAUAAAAAAUAAAUAAUAUUCCAAUGUUUUACUUUACAAUUCUUGUGUGUGCGUUUUUCAGGAGAACGAGAAACUCCUGACACGAGUACAUCCUGACCAUUGGUACUGUGUACACAUCAACAUACACGCACGUCUCCAUGCUGGACAUCUCGGGAGCUUUCACACAUGGUGCUAGGAAUAUCCUGGGACAGAGAAACGCAUCUCCUAAGUGAGCGAGUUUAGCGUCAACUGGUGAAAUUUGCUGUAGCGUGAACACUUCGCCUCUGUGAGCUUCACUCUCCGCCAGGUUCACUGUAAUUAGACAUAAAAUGUACAUAAUGUUUUUUUUUCAUACAUUUAGGACUUAAGGUUUUUUACCCUUCGAGGAACAGAAAUGAUCUUUUGAGGCAGCUUCAUCACUACCUGCUCCGUUUGACUCAAAAAUGUAACGACCGGUUUCAAAAAGUCACGAUGUCUUCAGUUCAUGUGAUUUUACUGUUUAAUUUAAACAGGAAAUGUGAAAUAUUUUUGUUCCUUUGUUUCCUCUACUGUCUUUUUGCUGUGAUCUUGAACACUGUGGUUAUUUUUUAUUUAUUUAUUUAUUUAUUUUUUAAAAAAUAAUAAAUAAAUGAUCAUUCUAGUUCUCACUUUCCUUGUCCUAAUUGUCCUGUAUCUGUUAAGUCCGUUUCAUCUGUGGUCUUUGUUUGUAUGAAUACUUGUACAAAUGACAUGUAGUCCAUAUUUUGAAAUGAUUUUAUUCAUGAUUUUGAAUUUAAGUAAAGAUUCUUUAAUUCUGUAUUUUGUCAUUUAAUUAUCAUUAGAAGGCAGAAGAUCAGAUUAAAGCCACGGCUUCUUUACCUGCUGGAGCUGUAAAACUUUCAAUAAACCAGUCAAUAGAUCAACUGAAUAAAUGUAGAUUUUUAAUUUACUGAUUAGAUGUAUUGAUGGUGUUGAUAGAUUAUUAAGAUUUUUUUUAUUGAUCUUGAACAAUCAUUCAGUUAAAUUUUUUUUUUUUUUAAAUCUUGAUAAAUAGUUGAUUAAAUAAAUGUAGUGUAAUGUACUGAGUCAAAUAUGAAAACAACUAAAAUAUAUUUAUAUCUGUGUAUAAUUAAAAACCUCACUUAAUACAAGAAAUUCAUAUCCUAAAUGUUGCAAGUGAUUAAUCUGAUCAUUUUAUUCACCUGUUUAUUUUUUACUUUCUAAAUAAUGAACAAAUGAAUGUUCUGGAUUCAUGAGGAAUGUUUACAUUUUGUGUCCAAACUCAAAAGUUUAUACAAAGUGUAUAUUUAUGCUAAUAAAGCACAAAGAACGUUAAACCUCAACAUGACUACAAUCAUCAAUGAAUUAAAUAUUAAUUUUAAAAAAUUAAAUUGAACAAGAGUAAGAUAAAGUAUAUUUUUAAUUAAAAUUUAAUUAGAAAGGAGCACUUUUAAAGUGGAUUUGAUUUAAAAUAAUGAUAAAGCUGUCUUUUUUAUGUAUUUGUAUAUCUUAUCCUGUAUCGUGUUUAAGAAGAAGAGAAUAAUGAAGCUUUUUAUGAAAUAAUAUUUGGGUUUAUUUUAUUUUAUUUUCUCCUCACGGAUUCAAAUUUACGUCAACGUCCGUUACGUUGGUGACGUCACCGCGAGCGCGAGAAGUCGAAGUGAGGAGCAGAAAGCGGUGUUAGUGUUAGUUCUGGCCCGUUUGGACCCAAACUAAAGUGAGUUUAUUCGCUUCUGUGUAACCGAACCCGUUCUGUUUUGUGCUGUAUUGUGUGUAGUUAACGGUGUUAACACCUGUGUUUCAGGUGUAUCAGUAUGAAGCAGGCGGUGACUGCGCAGUGGUUCACUUCCGGAGCUCGGUUCACUAGUGACCGAAUCACCGAGGAACCGACCCAAGAUAACUCACCCCCGCACGGAGAAGAAGAACAAGAGGAGAAGAAGUCUGACUGAUAAGAUGUGCACGACUUUAACAUCAUGAAGGACCUUUCCACUCACACCAGACUGACCCCAGAACAGUGGGAGAACCGCCUCAACAGAUUCAUCAACAACAUGAGCAGGAAUGCCAGUGUUCAGACUACACUCAGCACAUGGGGUCUAAGCUUUGAGAACAAGCUGCUGAAUCUGACUGGAAGAGUUCUUCCUGUUGAAAGGAUCCUACAGGGAGCGAGAGCAUACGAGUACAACCCAUGUGACGCGGAUUGGUCUAAAGAGAUGCGAGGUCUUCCUCUGAUGACCAGCAUGCCUCAGGAGAUCUGGCUGUUGUCCCAUACGCGCCGUGACGCUGACGUCGCUCACUCACUGCUGCAGACCCUCAACAAAGUGCCCGUGGGCAUCCACCUUCAGAGGCCGGGAAUGAUGGAGUACGAUGACAGGAGGCUCUGCAGCAGAGAGUGGGGCAACAGGUUCAGAUGCUGCACUGAAGGUCUACUUCAAAUAGGACGAAUGUUUGCCGUCACGCAUGGUGGCGUAUCGAGAUGGCGUGGGCGACGGCGUGCUGCUGAGCGUAGUCGACUACAAAGUGCCUCAGUUCACGCAGUCCAUCAAGGCCAUGGGUGAAGAUCACGCGUGAGACUCGACACAUCUCCAUAAAACAGAUUUGACGCACGCUUUUUGGGUUUUCUCUCAGCCAUCAGUGUUUCUGUGUGCAGGCCCAAACUGACCGUGUUGGUGGUGAAGAAACGCAUCUCUUCCAGAUUCUUCGCUCUCCUCGACGCCAGACUGAGCAACCCUCCUCCCGGAACAGUCAUCGACGCCGAAGUCACGUGACCCAAGUGGUGUGUUCAGGCAUAGUUCAUCGAUCUUUUUCUCUUUCCCUGGUGGUCUUUCUGAUCGCAGCUUCAGGUUACGUUCGGUGUGUUUUAAACGCUGAUGGCUUGAUUUGUCAGGUACGACUUCUUCAUCGUGAGUCACAAAGUGCGCUUCGGCAGUGUGGCCCCCACUCACUACAACGUGGUGUACGACAGCAGUGGCCUCAAACCAGACCACAUGCAGAGACUCACCUACAAACUCUGCCACAUGUAUUACAACUGGCAGGUAAAAUCCACACACACGUGUUCAUACAAGCCCACUUUCUACACAACCCCAGAUCAUGCUGAUUGAUGAUGUAAGGAUUGAGGAUGUGGUCAUUUUCUUUAAUCGCACGUCUAUCAUUAGAGAAUCCGCAUCGUGUGAUCAAAAACGGAGAACGUGCAUAAAUUUGUUACAGAAUUUGUCCAAGAUUUUAUUGGGAAUGUUUCGUACAGUGUUGACGAUCUAAAUAGCUUAAUUUAGCUUAAAACCGUGUAAUUGCAGGGUUAAAGAUACGAGCUAUACGAGAUCAAGGCUGCGAUCAGAGCGUCCGUAUGCUCGAUGUUUACAAAACCGCAAGAACGGAAGCGAAAUGCUAUCAGUCAAACACGUCAGAGCUAAUGUAUUCUUCUGAUGGCUGAAGGAAAAUUUUACUUAACGGUUAUAUCUUAAGGGUGAGCUGAGGUUGUGUAUAAUUAGUUUAGUAGAGAGAGUGUGUAAGAGAGAGAGUGAGUGAUGUAGAAAAAAGGAAAUAAAGAAUUAACAGGUGCUGUGAAUUGAGGAUGUGUAGAAAAAAAGUAUAUUUAAAGCAGAUGAAUGAGUGUAUUAGAAGCCGGGAAAGGUGAGGUUUCCUUCGUGUGUUUCCUGGAGGAUGUAGUAGAGGUGUGUGUGUGUGUGUGUG